AGGCGUACACCUGGAAGGUUUGGCGCGGCCUCGGGAUGGGCUGCGGGAAGCGGGAGAAGAGGCGGGCGCGCGAGUGAAGCAGCAGGGCGGAGCCAGCCUUAAAAUUAAUCUGAAAGGUGUGGAAAAGAGGAUGAUGCCUGUUGGGACACCUGCGUGUGCCAUCCUUCAAAAAUCAUAGGAGACGGUGGAGCUGUGGGUUUGGCUUGUUGCCUGGUUGCUGCCAUGAACUCCCUGGUGUUUCUCUGUGCACAGAAGGUCGUAUCCCACCAUGCUAGCCUGCAUGGUGCCUUGGGUUUCCUCCCGAAGGAGCUCUACCCAGUCUUGUUCAAAGCAGCCUUCAUGGACAAGAGAACCUUGGCAUUGCAAGACUUGGUGCAGACCUGGCCCUUCCCAGUCCUCAGUUUUCAGAAGCUCUUGAGGAAAUGUCAGCACUGCGAGCGCGCCCUGAUCCGGGAGAGGCCCAACAAGCUGUGCAUCCAGACCGUUAUUUUGGGGGUGGUGACAUACCUGAUUAAGAUGCUAGAGGAUCGGCACCGCAGUAAGAGCAAGGGCCAGCGGCUGCAGAUUCUGGAUAUGACCGGCCUUCAAGAUGAAGGGCAGGGCCCUGAAAGCAUGAGCCUGUGGUCUCGGACCGUCACGCUGGCCAAAGCCUGCCUUGACAUCUCCAAGCAGCAGAGCAAGUGCAUGAAGCGGGCCUCUAAGCGGAGGAAAGGCCCCUACCACAGCUCCGUGGCUUUGCCGCCCCCUCAGCCUGUCUCGGUGGAUGUCUGGGUGGACCUUUUUGUGAACAGCACCUCUUAUGGGGUCCUGAAGGAUGCUUUGCAGAUCAACAGCAGCAACGCGCUGCGACUGAGGUGCCGGGACUUCCGUGCCGAGGAGCUUUCCAUUGCCAGCACCGUGGGGCUCCUGGAGUUCCUAGACCCUACUGGGGUCCGGCAGGUGGAUCUGCGAUUCAACAACUUGGGACUCUCUGGCCUGCGAGUGGUCCUCCCCCACCUGGCCAAGUUCACCAACCUGGCAAGCCUGAAGCUGCCCUACAGCAACAUUGAUGUCCGGCGCCUGACGGUGGGCAUGGAAGGGAGCCUGCAGUACUUUGCCACCCAGCUCAGCCGCCUGGCUUGCCUCAAGGAGCUGAACCUGGGCUCCUCCCGACUGUCAGGCAAGCUCACUCAGCUACUGGGAGACUUGCAGAGCCCCUUGGAGAGCCUGGAGCUGGCCUUCUGCUACCUUCUGCCAAACGACCUUGCCUACCUUUCCCAGAGCCUGCACACGCCUGCCUUGAAGAAGCUGGAUCUCAGCGGCAACAACCUCUCUGACUGCCUCCUCCAGCCUUUCCAGGGCCUCCUGGCGGAGGCCUCCGCUACUCUGCUGCACCUAGACAUCAUGGAAUGUCGCCUGAUGGACACCCACUUGAGUUCGCUCCUGCCUGCCCUCUGCCGCUGUUCACGGCUUCGCUACCUAGGAGUCUUCGGCAACCCCAUUUCAGCCAAAGGACUUAAGAACCUGCUCCACAGGACAGUUGGGCUCUUGGACCUGAAGCUUGUCAUCUACCCCUACCCGGUGGACUGCUACGGAGAAGACCUGCCGUGGCCCCCCACCUCCUCCAACCUCCUCAAUGGCUCUGUGGACGAGGAGAAGUUUUCUCGGGUCAACAAUGAGCUCCAGCAGAUGCUGCUGAGCGCCAACAGAGCAGACACGAUCUGGACCACAAACCUGUGCCGUCACAACAGCCUGGACUAUUUCAGUUUGUAGCCCGGCUAGUCAUGGCAUGGAUGCCCCUCUCUUCCUCCUCUGUCUCUUCCAACAUUGCCUGUUCUUUGCUUUACUCCAGAGGGGCUGUCACGGUUACCUCUUCUGGUGUUUCUGAAGCAAAAAAUCAUGCACCUGGAAUAGCCCUGCCUGUGGGCUUUACAGAGGAGGAAUGGUGGUGGUAAAGGGAGCCUGGGCGCAGUCCCCGUAGCCCUCCUUGCAGCCUCCGUAGCUCUGGAUAGCAGCCGCAGCAGAGAACUAUUCCUGUUGCUUGACGUGUUCAUUGUAGAGAACAGUGGAUGUUCGUUCAUCCAGACAGAGGAAGGAGCCCUGGAGAGGGAGGUGGGCAGGCGGCGGCAGGGGGAGGGGGAGGCACAAGUAGAAUAUGCCAUAUGAUGGUACAUGGCAAACUGCAUCUCUGAAUAAAAUGUGAAUGCCAGGUUGAAAUAUUUUACUUUAAAGCCCAUCCUGGUGCAUGCAGUAGCGCCUGGGAUUUUUUAAAACAUCUGCUUUAUAUUGUCUUAUUUAUCACAUGUAAAGUGGAGGUUUACUUCGCUCCUUCUGCUGUCGAAAUCUGAGGUAGCAGCUAGCUGGGUGCUCGGAUGCCCAGUUCAGUGUUUGGCCCUUUUUAUCCACCAAUGAAUGGAUUGGGAGGGAGUUGGCAGUAGGAAUGUUCAGUAAAAAAAAACCCUGUAUUUUUGGAAUUCAGGUAGAGGGAAGGCCAUAAAGAUCGUAUUCCUGAUAUUUGGGUUUCUCCCAUACCAGUUUUGGUUUUUGGUCCUGUUACUGUUUAUUGGUUGGCUGAGGGGGCAGAGGUUCUGAAAUUAACCGCAUCCAUUAUUCCAUAUUACUAAUAGGACAUUUUGGAGGCCUUUCAUUCAUAGGGUCGCCAUGGAUUGGAGGAGACUUGACACCACAUAACAGCAAUUAUUCCCAGUGGUGUGAAAUGGUUCUGGAGUGUGGGAGCAGCUGUUUUUCAUGCAUGUGACACCAAAAUUGCAGCAGAGUGAGGAAGGCCAGUCUUCCCGUUAGGUCUCAGAAGCUAAGCAGGACCAACCUUGGCUAGUAAUUGGAUGGGAGACCCCCAACGAAGACCAGGGUUGCAGAGGCAGGCAAUGGCAAACCACCUCUGAUAGUCUCUUGCCAUGAAAACCCCACCAGGGAGUUGCCGUACAUCAGCUAUGACUCGAGGGCAGGAUUUGAUUCCCAUACUAGUGUUGGGUUUUGAUCCUGGUUCUUUCGGUUGGGAGGGGGUCUGAAAUUAACUGCAUCCAUUAUUCCCUAUGGUGGAAUCUUUCUGGAGCGUGGAAGGGGCUGUUUUUCAUGAACAUUACACCAAAAUUGCAGCAGAGUGUUUGUCUUCUGAAGAACCCCCCAAGUUUCAAGUAGAUCGGGUCAAGGGUUUCACCUGAAGAAUGUACUCUCCAUUGGUUUGUAUGGGGAAAAAAUCCAGUUCUUUCCCCAGGACACAGAAGCCUUUGCCCGGGGGUCCCCAGCAUGGUGCCCGUAGGCGCCCUUGUGCCCGCUGAAAUUUUUCCUGGCUCCCACCGAAUAUGUUUAGAAAGUGGGUGGGGCUUUUGUCCAGCAGGGAUUCUGACUGGCCGUUGGAGAUCAGUUUGGCUGAGCAGAUCUUUAAAAAUGUUGCUUGGCAUCAGCUGUCACCGCAACACAAGGAUCUUAACUGUGUGACUGAAGGUAAGCUGUGUGUAUUGACAAAAAUAUUUUUAAACAGUAUGUUAAUUUUAAAAAGCAUUCUGUUAAAUAUGUCUUCUGCUUGAAAUAUUGCAGAGUUACUAUUAGAACUGUGUAUAACCUGUGGCUGGUCAUGCCUCCUGCAGCAACUAUUUUAUGGUUGCACCCACAGCCCUGUGUCAGAAUUCCAGAGGUGCCCACAGACUCGGAAAGGUUGGGAACCCCUGCCUUAGCCAAAUACACAAAAGCAACCACUGACCAAAGCCUCCCAAUGCAAAAAGAUGCAGCAAAGCCCAACAUAACCAAUACCAAACCGGAGAGUCCCAGAACCAACCUGCUAGCAAAUGGCAGAAAUAAGCCAAAAGCACACACUCGAAAACCUCUCACCCUGAAACUGCAACCAGGAGGUCAGCUUGUGAGCUAUGAGAGAAUUGCUCUGCUUGGACAGACAGUUGAGCUCCCCCUUACGUGCAAUGCCAUUUGCCUGGAAAACUUGCAAACGUGAAAAAAAGCAACUGUGACCUUUAAAAUGGCAACCCCAGUUAUUCUGGAAUGUUUUUUGUACUGAUCAACCUAGGGAUAUCAGUAUAUCAGAAUUUUGGAUACGAAUCUGAGUUCCGAAAUAUACGCAUAAAAUAAUGGGAGCAGGGAGUUGUAUGUUUUAAAACUGGGCAUACCCAAGCACACGUCUCUCCUUGGCGGUCUGAUGUUCCAGAAUCUAGAGAGAGAGAGACCAAGGAAGGGGGAGGCAAGGUUGCAUGGAAAACUGAACCUAAAUAAAAGGUUUUUC